ACUGUGAUUAAGAGUAUUUUUCAUCAAUUAGAAGACCAAACCGAGUUAGAUUGUUCAGAUUCCAGAUACAACGUUUUAGAUUAUAUUGGCCGCCAAAGUCUUGAGCUUCAAUGAACGGUUAUUUAUCAUCUAUUGCAACAAUCAGCGUAGUCUUUGUUACGCUGCUUUCAGUUUUGCCUUCGUAUGUUUAUCUUAUGCCACAGCAGAGGAAUCCUUAUAGGAGGCCAAGCCCUGUGAUAUUAAUUCCUGGUGAUGGAGGGAGCCGACUGGAAGCUAAACUGGAUAAGCCAAAAGUAGUAAAUAUUCUCUGCGACAGGAAGACAAGAGAUUACUUUAAUCUUUGGCUAAACCUUGAACUCGCUAUACCAGACUUUAUCGACUGUAUGGUAGAUAAUAUGAGAUUGGUUUAUAACAAUGAGACUAGAACAACAUCGAACUCUCCUGGUGUGGAUAUACGAAUACCGCAUUUUGGUAACACAUCCGCUGUUGAAUGGCUGGAUCCCAAUGCCGCUACUGCAAUGAUUUCACGUUUAACUUAUACCACUUAUUUUGCUGACAUCAUCGACAUGCUGGUCCGCGAAGGUUACAGAAGGGGUGUGGAUGUCAGAGGGGCACCUUAUGACCAUAGAAAAGCUCCAAACGAAUAUAAAAAGUACUUCGAGGACCUGAGAAACCUAACUGAAGAAACGUAUUCGAUGAAUUUUCGCAGGAAAAUCACCUUUAUUUGCCAUAGUAUGGGCUGUCCUGUCAUAAGCUAUUUCUUAAACAUGCAAACACAGUUAUGGAAAGAAAAAUAUGUCAAAAGAAUAAUUGCCGUGGCAGGUGCUUUCGGGGGAGCGGUCAAAGCCAUGAAAGGCUUUGCAGCAGGUGACAAUCUUGGAGUACCGAUCAUCAAUGCUUUGAAAGUUCGAGAUCACAUACGCACUUGUCCAAGUUUGGCUUAUAUGCUCCCAUCUUCGGAAUUAUGGAACGAAAAUGAAGCCUUGAUGGUUACUCAGAAGAAAGUCUACACGGUAGCUGAUUUUCAUGAAUUUUUUCAGGACAUAAAUUAUACAACCGGUUACGAAAUGUACAAAGACACACAUAGAUAUGCCUUGAAAAGUUUGCAGCCGCCGGGAGUUGAGGUCCAUUGCCUGUACGGAAUCAAUGUAGAUACUGUUGAAAGGGUCGAUUACAAGAACAUGAAAUUUUUCCCUGACCAUCCAGAGCUAAUUUAUGGGAAUGGGGACGGUACAGUGAAUGAAAAAAGUAUGGCAGCCUGCAUGCUUUGGCAAGGGAAACAAAAGCAAAAAGUACAGCGUGUUCUUCUACACAAAGCGGAACAUUUGGAGAUACUGGCUGAUGAACGGACUUUGAAGUAUAUAAGGAAAGUUAUUUAUCAAUAAUGUGGUUUAAAAGCAUAUUCACAAUGUUGUAAAUCAUAAUGUUAUUAAACGAUUACAGAUAUUUACCAAAUACAAAUAAGCCCACAUUGAUAUUUGCAGAUGACAAUCGUUUACGUAUUUCUAGUGACAAUUUUCAGGGAUGCAAUUCAAAAUUACUGAUUAAUGUAGCUUGUAUAUAGCCAAUUAAAAAUGUAAACGAAGCCGGUAAAUUGAAAAGGAAAGUUGUUUCAUUCCUGAAAGGUAAAAAGCGAUAUUUUAACAUUGGUUUUGCAUAAGAACAUUUGAUUAAUUAGUCUUCUCUUGUACAAUACUAUUUCGAAAAAGAGAUUUAAAAAAAAAGAAGAGGUAGUAUAUUAUUUUAUAAUAUUUUAUUCCAGUAUUAUAUUUAUGUUCUGUUUCAAUUAGUUUUAUAAUUUAAAACGCUUGUGCAAUUGAUCAUUUACUUCACAUAGUUUUGCUCUUUGAUCAUGAAAUUUUAAUGUUCUUCGAUACUUCGUCUAGAUAUAACAUCUAGGAACCAAGCGGAUUAUCUUUGAAUUCCAAUAGUUACUACAGAGACGUGAGAAGGGUUAAAAUAACCUUUUAUUCACCCAAAGAAAUAAUAACAGAUGGCCCCUUCUCGGGCUUACAACGAAGUCUCCACUUGGGCUUUUAAAUCAGGCUAAGAAAAUAAGAAUCUAAUCUAAUACUAAACUAAACUGAAUUAGCCGAAGCUAGACAUAAAGUUGGCCUUAAUUUAACCUGGCUGGCGAUUAUUUGCAGGCACGUAAAAUACGGUCGAGCAUAGUAGAUUCAAGAACGAAGUAGCCAGAAGUCAAACAUGCGCUACUCUUAAGCGCUCUCUCUCUCGAAGUAAGUUGAACUUCCUUUAAAUACUACUUCUAACUCAUUUGCAUGCAACGCGAUUCUAAAAACUCAUUCUGGUAGGGAAUUGUAAGUGGGAAACAAGAAUUGAAAGGAAAGAGUUUCAAAAUUUAAAAUAAUUAUACUGUUAUAAAAUUAAAAUGCACCUUACAAAUUAUAUAAAAUAUUUCUUGCAAUAAUACUUAGAUGCAAUUACUUACUUGGCUUCUGUUUUUAAAUUCUUCAAUAAUUUUUCUUUAAUUCAAUUUGAACAUUAAAUUUUUUGUGAAAUCAUAAUUUUUUUUGGUUGAAGACACUCUUUUGAAUUAAACUUACAGGAAAAUUUAAGAUAAUAAUAAUAAUAAUAAUAAUAAUAAUUGUUAUUAUUUUUAUAAAACGCUAAGGAUG